AGAGAGUGGGAGGAGGAAGAGAGAGGUGGCCGAACUCCAGAAGUUUGGAAGUUUGUCCCAUCCCAGCCUUGAACUCAGCACCACAGCUCCUCUGGUUCGAGACUGGGAGGGUGUCUGUCUCUUUCUGUCUCAACUAUUUCCUCCCUUCACUCAGGACCCCUCUCUCUGCACAUCUCUUAUCGGUGACCUUCUCACAGCUUUGCUCAGCCGCCUUCCUCUGGGAGCAAGAGGAAUUUACCAGGAGGAUAAUGACCAAAAGUUCAGCUCACAGUCAUUUUACAUAACUGAUAUCAUCUCUUCUUUUCUUCAAACACAAACCCAGUGGAGUACAAGCUACAUCAGCUCAGGGUGUCCCUUUGCUGUAUUGGUGAUAGAAGAUGAAGAGGCAUCGGUUAUUACCGCUAUGUGCCCUCCUAGGCGUCCUGUUCGCAGGACUCCUCCCUAACCUUGAGGCUCAGGAAGAUUGUGCACAGGGGUUGGGAGCUGAUAUAUACUUUCUAGUGGAUUCAUCCUGGAGUAUGGGAGUGGAGAACUUUAAGCAUAUCAGACAAUUUCUGUACAGCUUGAUACAAUCACUGCACCAGGUUGGAGGGGAGAGGUUUAAAUUUGCCCUUGUGCAGUACAAUACUAAGCCACAAACUGAGUUCCAGCUCAACAGCUACCCAACAACACAGGGAGUCCUGGCACACAUCAAGGCUAUGCCUUAUCGUGGUGGGGGAACCCAGACUGGCCUGGGCCUGGAUUUCCUGACUCGUACACACUUGACCACUGCUUCGGGCAGCCGCGCUGUUGAUGGUGUGGCCCAAGUGGUGGUUGUGCUAACAGAUGGGCGCUCCCAGGAUGACGUGGCCGAGCCAGCUCAGGUGCUGUGGCUGGCAGGCGUGGAGGUGUUUGCAGUUGGAGUUCAGGAUGCAGUUGAUUCGGAGCUCAGGGACAUGGCUAGCAAGCCCCAUGACACUCAUGUGUUCAGUGUAGACUCUUUCCUGACUUUGCGGGAUAUAAUCCAAGAUUUAGUAGUGGGGCUUUGUGACGCAGUGACCCGGUCAGGGGGUGGUCCUGUGGCAAACGAGGCCCCCGUGUCUGGAGGAGGGACAGCACAAGAUUCAGCUGACCUAGUACUCUUAAUUGAUGGAUCAGAGAACGUUGGAGCAGCAAACUUCCCCUUUGUGCGCGAUUUGGUUUUGAGAAUCAUUGAGCCCCCCCUUUGA